UGGGUCUGGGUAUGAUGUAUAAAGUCCACUCUGGUGGGAUCGAAUUCAGACGAGUCUUCCUGCAGGAGAAGAGCCGUACGUGACCUGUAAAAAACGAAGCGUGCGUAAUUUACAAUGGCGAAAUGGGAAAUGCGAAUGGACGUUCUAAAAUGUUUGGCGGUGCUUGAGCUGGAUGACAUGGAUUCAGACGGAAGGGGGGAACUUGAUGAGAUGUAUCAAGAGAUCUAUGAUGAUAAAUAUGGCAUUUUUUCAGUAGAUUCCGAUUCUGACUGUGAGGCGUAUGGGAUCCCUGCCAGGGUGCCAGCGGCACCACAACGCAAGCAGCAAAACUCCCGCAGUUGCUACAGUCAACAUGGGCGCAAAAAAGCCCCUACGUUGCCCACUGUGGAGCCGUCACCAACUGAGAUGGAGAGCGAUAACAAGGGGGCGGACGGCACAGUUUGGGUGAAACAGCCUGUUGGUAACGCCAUGGGUCGAUUAUUAACACAGAACGACACCAGAGUGGAAUCAGGCCCUACACCAUAUGCAAAAGACAGAAUCGACGGUGCCUACGCCAGCUUUCAUUGUUUGUGUGACAUGGAGAUGUUGCAGCGCAUCAGGGACUGUACUGUGGCCGAGGCGCACCGGGCGCAAGGAAAAAACACAACAUGGGACUUGUCUGUGGAGGAAUUGGAAGCAUUCAUUGCGGUCCUGUAUGUCCGUGGGCUAUACGGCAAUAGACAAGCGUCUUUGGAUGGCUACUGGUCAUGUUUAAAAUCAGAUUUCUUUCGAGACACAAUGCCAGUGGACCGCUUCACAGAAAUCAUGCGGUACCUGCGUUUUGACACAAGAGAGAUCAGACGCCCCCGGACAAAUUCGAACAAAUUCGCCGUGGUCUCAGAAGUUUGGAACGCGUUUGUACGGAACUGCGUUGCAUGUUACAAGCCAGGGUUGAACAUCACUGUUGAGGAGCAACGGUUCCUUACAAGUGGGGAGGUCAUCAAGUUUUCGUUGACCGCUGACGUAGACAGCAAGUACGUGCUAAAUGUCAUUCCUCAUGUCGUUCCUUAUUCGUGGGAAGAUGAAUCUCAGAAGCCUGAAAAUGUGGCAUUGAAGCUUGUGGAACCUUACCUCGGUGCGGGGAGAAAUGUCACUACGGACAAGUUCUGCACAUCCCUGCCAUUAGCAAAUAAGUUGAUUGCCAACAAUACCAACUUGGUCGGGGCCGUGAGUCAUUGCGGACGAGAGCUGCCUCCCGUGAUGCGUAAUCAGACACAGACAAAGCUAUACUCCACUACCGUGCUAAAGCAUGACAAAGCAACCCUUACGGUUUACAGAAGUAACCCAAGAAAGAACGUCUGUAUUCUGAGCACUAUGCACCCGACUGUCGCCAUCGGGAGCGACCGAACGAGAGAACCGGAGACCGUGACGUUCUAUAAUAGCAACAGGGUUGACGUAAAUAGGAUGACAAGAGAGCGCACGGUGGAGGUUGUGACAGGGUUGGAGAAAGGAGGUUCACACCGCUGGCCCCUUGCGGUAUUCUUCAACCUUCUUGACCUGGCUGCAAUCAACGCAUAUGUUUUGUUCACGCAAUGCACCGCUAAGACAGUGUCAAGGAGAGAUUUCGUCAUGGAUCUGGCAUUCGAGCUUCGCGAGAAGCACAUGAGGGCCAGUGCCGCACCGCCUCCUCCCCUCCCACCCAUCCAGGACACAGUCUGUGAAACGAAGACCCGGAGCAAGGUGCGCAGAUCGACACGGAACAAGGCUCCUGAAAGCUGUGGGUAGUGCAACGGAUUUGCUUGUGGGUCUUGCGCACGCAAAUAUCCAGAACAACAGAAGACGAGAGAUGAAUUCAUGCGUUAGGCUAAAGGCGCAUAUCCCAAAGGCACAAGAUACUGUCUCCAGUGAAUUAACAACCGAGUCUGUGUUAUAGCAUGGAUAUAUUGCCACUAAUUCUCCUGUAUGCAUGUAAUGUUUCAACAUUGUGUUUUGCACCCUACCAAUUGUGUUACAAAUAAAAUGCAGAA